ACCGCAAUAUCAUCAUGGCAAGAAAAUGACUCCUCAUCAAAGGCAAGAACAUUAUUGACAGCCAUAUGUACCUGUGAAUUUAUGGUAUCAAUUUAUUCACUUGCUUCAUUACUAUGCGUUACAAUUUCUGUAAGUAGAAUAUUACAAAAUGUCAAUGCAGAUAUAAGUAACUCAACCAAAGUGAUUAAUGAUGUCAUAGAUAACUUAGAAAAAAAAAGAAAAAACAGUACAGAUGAAUUUAAGUCAUUAUUUGAAGAAUGUAAAAAUGAAAUGAAUAAACUUGAAAUUGAUAUUAAAAAACCUCGCAUAGUAUCUCGUCAAAAUUCAAGACGCAACUAUUCAACCAAUUCCGUAGAGGAUUAUUACAGAAUAUCUAUUUAUAUUCCACUUUUAGACAGUGUGUUAGAUGACCUCAAGUGUCGGUUCUUAAAUGAAAAAAGUCAAGCCUUGUUAAAAUUAUCUAAGGUUAUACCUAGAAAUAUUGUUGAAACUGAUGAUGAAGAUGUAUAUAAUUUACUAAAAUUAGUUAUAAAGUAUUUUACUUUUGAUGAAAAUAAUGAAAUAAAUGAAACAGAACUUAAGAGUGAACUAAAUCUUUGGAAAUCUAAGUGGAUUAGAGAAAAGAAUGAAGGUUUUAACAUAUCAAAUUUGGAUACUAUGACUUCAUUUGAGUUAUGCAGUGAGAUGCUUUAUCCUAAUAUUAAAAAACUCCUUCAAAUUAUUGCAUGCUUGCCAAUUAGUGUAGCAUCAGCUGAGCGAUCAUUUUCCACAUUAAGGAGAUUAAAAACUUGGUUGCGUUCUAAGAUGGGACAAGAUCGGCUAUGCGGUUUGGCUCUGCUACAUAUUCAUAGAGAAAUAGAUAUAUCAGUGGAUGACAUAAUUAAACGCUUUGCUUCUUUAAAAAAAAGAAAUACUGACUUGAUAUUAUAAAUAAAUAUUAUAAAUUUUUAACUAUA